UUCGUAGAGCAUCAUGCGAAUUUGACCUCUAGCAGACAGCAUGUAUUGAUGUAGGGAGAAGGUACUGUCCUCAGCUCAAUGUGUACAUUAUUGUCAUUCUCUAAAGCGUUUAACAUGAUAGUUCUCAAAACGCAUUUAGGUGUAUCUUGCUAAAGCGUAUUUUAUUUCGAAAGUGACUCGCAUUUCGAGAGAGCAUUGCAUGUUGCACUGGGCACCUUUCAAUCUUGACUCGAGAUUGUUGUGUAACUUUUAGACUGAUCACAAUAUUUUCUACAAAUCGAAGUGUUGAUAACAAUGGCGACACCCAUCAGCCAUGUAUCUAGGGUACGUGCUUUAUAUAAAGGCAUCUUAAAGCUCCAUAGAGGUCUUCCUCUAGAAAUGAAAGCGAUUGGGGACCAGUAUGUGAAAUCGGAAUUCAGACUACACAAGAGUGCUCCACAUCAAGAGACAAAGAUCUUCAUGUCAGAGUGGACAAAAUACUACAUAACAUUGGCAAAGCAGCUUGGUCAACGGAAACAGAUACAGACGAUUGGUGUUGAACUUUCUGAGGAAUUGAUGGAUAAUUUCCGAGAGGAACAAAUUGGACAGUUGAUGGAACUACUGAAAGAGUCGCAUAAACCAAUGAAAGAAGGGAGCUAGCAUUGACGGGGAAAUUGUGUGUGUCUGUCCUUGGUGGAAUUUAAAUAGGGAUGUGUAAACUGAAAUGAACUAAUAAACUUUUAUAGCUU